CACCACUUGUGCCUCUGUGUGGCCACACAGACCCAAGGAGACUGAGAGGCACAGACAAACAGGACAAGUUUUCUUUUUUUCAUCUUUUUUUGUUUGUUUGUUUCAUCCAGGGGAGGAUUUUGUGAUAAUUGAGCUGCGGGGUAACUGGCAGAGGAUAUGGCUGGUUGUCUGCAAAGUUCCCAGCUUUGCAAAAAGUGGGAAUUUCUUAAAUGGUUGCUCUUUGCUCUCAGCUCAUGUCUGGGUUCAGUGCUCUCAGAGCCGUUUGAUCCCAGUCACCUCUUCUACCACAAAUCUGGACCUAAUGAGAACGACAUAAUCAUCGCCAAUAAUGGGAUCCGGGUACCCUUCGGGAGGUCAGUGUUUUUGGACCCUGUGAAUGACCUGAUUACAGAAGUGCAGCCUGGUGACCGCUGCCACAUAACGGUUUUGGACAAUGACCCAGUGACCCAAAAACCUGGGAUGUUGACCCCGAAAAAGUUUCCCUGUUCAUUCGGAGCAGAUGAAGUCAAGUACACUCACUUUGGAUCUCGGAGCCCCAGCAGGGAUCGUGUAAAGAUGCAGCUUCGUUAUGACUCCCACACAGACACAGUUAUCGUCCCAUUCAUGCUGGAAGUGGAAGUGGUUUUCCAGCAGCUCGAGAUACUCAUCAGGAAUAUGCCCCUCAACGUGGAGAAACUCAAUGGGGACAGCAGCCCAAUUGACAAAAAGGCUCUGGAGUUUUCCUUCGAGGAUGGGGUCACACAGUGUAAGAUCACAGUGCUGGCCGGCGCUGGAGGUCUACCCAGGUACGGCACGCUCUUGAAUAGUCCUCCCAGUGGCCAAAUGGUUGAUUGUGAAGAGUUUGUAAAUCUGGGUGUUCGCUACAAACACACAGCUAAAACCAAGUCACCGAACAGAGACUAUAUCCCAAUGAUGGUAGAGCUGCAGGAUAACGAGGGCAACACAAUAAUGCAGGAGCAUUUUCAAACAAUGGUCAGAAUCAGAGAAGGUGCAGAGAACGCUGCUCCCAAACCCAGUUUUGUAGCCAUGAUGAUGAUGGAGGUAGAUCAGUUUGUGAUGACGGCUAUAACGAAUGACAUGUUGGCGGCUGAAGAUGUUGAAUCUGAUCUGGAUGAUUUGAUUUUCAACAUCACUUCACCUCUGAAUCCUCAGCAGGGUUAUAUCAUCAGCACAGAUGACCAGAACCUCCCCAUCACCUCCUUCAACCAGAGGGACAUCAGAGAGUUAAAAAUAGCUUACAAGCCACCCUCAGAGGACUCGGAUCAAGAGAGGAUUUUCCAGUUGGAGUUUGAAAUCAUAGAUAGUGAUGGUGCUGUCUCCGACACAUUUGCCUUUAUGAUUGUGGUGAAACCUAUGAACACUUUAGCUCCAGUUGCAACCAAAAAUACAGGCCAGCUCUUAUUUGAAGGUCAAUCCCGAGCUCUGUCCAGCUCACAGAAUUUGGAAAUCAGUGACGAGGAUAACUUGGAAGAUGUGAGGAUCACUGUUGUCGAUGGUCUGAAGCACGGGGACCUCACCGUGCUUGGGGUGCGCAGGAAAUAUUUCACGCCGUCAGAUCUAGACGCUGGCAUUGUUGUGUACCAGCAUGACGGUAGCGACACCUACAGCGACAACAUCAUCCUAAGAAUGACUGAUGGGAGAAAUGAUGUGGAAUUUUUGUUUCCCAUCACUAUUGUUCCCACCGAUGAUGAGCCCCCUAUAAUUAACGCUAACACUGGCCUGGUGCUGUCAAAGAAUGAAAUGAUGCAGAUCUCUCCCUUCAUUCUGAGUGCCACAGAUAUCGACUCAGAUGACUUGUUUAUAAAGUUCAUUCUUGAAGCACCGUACUCGACUGUAGGGGAGCUCCUGCUCAGGCAGGUCGACCCCCCCGCUGACCCCUCUCAGUGGAAGUUUAGUGAGACAGAUGAGAUGUUUGAGCAGGUGGUAACUGAGUGGUCUCAGAAGGAUAUUCUCGAUGGAAAGCUGUUCUACCAUCACAUUGGACCCCACAUCACCACCACAGUAACAGAUGAGUUUGUUUUUCGUGUUCAGGAUGACAAUGACCCUCCUAAUCAGUCAGGUGAGCACACCUUCACUAUUAAAAUCCUCCCCAUUGAUGACCUUCCCCCAGAGCUGUCCCUGGGCACCACGCUUCAAAUGACUGUCCAGGAAUAUCAGCUUACAUUCUUCAGGAAGAAAUUCUUGUGUUAUACUGAUCUGGAUUCAGAAGACAGAGACCUGAAAUACACAAUUAUCAAAAGGCCAACUGAUACAGAUGACAACAAUCCAGCCCCUUUAGGUCAGAUUGUGCUGACCGACAGCCCUGAUACUAUUAUUACAGAGUUUACACAAGCCCAGGUUAAUCACCACAAAGUGGCUUACAAGCCUCCAGACCUGGAAUUAGGCAUCACACCAAAAGUAGCUCAGUUUACAUUCAUUGUGGAGGACACAGCUGGUAACUCAGCAGAUGGAUUAUUUACAAUUUUUCUCCAGCCAGUUGACAAUAAACCCCCAGAAAUUAUUAACACAGGGUUUACUGUCAUGGAAAGAAGUUCUUUUACCAUUACCAUUAAGGAGCUGUAUGCUUCUGACACGGACACAGAUGAUGAAAAUAUCAUCUUCACUUUGACCCAGGCUCCCAUAUAUGGACAGCUGCAUUAUUUAGGUAUUCACAUGUCAAACGGAGAAACAUUCAAUCUCCAAGAUAUUGAAAAUGGCCGCUUGACUUACGUCCAUGAUGGAGAGGAGUCAGUAAGUGAUGUAAUCAAGCUUGAUGUGAGCGAUGGUUUCCAUGAGGUGCCCAUCACUCUUAGGGUCACCAUAGAGCUAGUUGAUAAUGAGACUCCGACUAUCAUGCUCCCAGCUGGCGUACUGGGAGCCGCCAUCGAUGUGUUGGAGAACGGAGCAACAGAGAUCACCAAUAACAUCAUUCAAGGGCGUGAUAAAGACACGGAUGACCUGAUGCUUACUUUCAUUGUGGAGGAACCUCCGAAGCUGGGUGAAAUCCUUGUUAAUGUUGCUCCAGCUGAGAGGUUCACCCAAGAGGACCUUAUCAAUGGACUGGUUGUGUAUGCUCACACUUCUGGUGAAAUUGGUCCAAUUAAAGUACACGACUCCUUCAACCUAACUCUGUCUGAUAUGUCUGAUCAGUGGGUUGUAGGUGGCAAUAAAGUCCAGGGUGUAACUGUUCAUGUGACCAUUCUUCCUGUUGACAGCAUUCCCCCUAUCGUCAGAGUUGGGGAGCAAUUAAUUGUGGUGGAAGGGGAGAAGAAUGUCAUUACCAUAAAUCACAUCCAAGCUGAGGAUGUUGACACAAACAAUGACGACAUCCUAUGCACAAUUAUUGUCCAACCAACAUUUGGUUAUGUGGAAAAUAUUUCCCCAGCCACAGGAUCUGAGAAAUCCCGAACUGGUACUGCCAUCACUGCAUUUACAAUUAAAGAUAUAACUCUAGGUCACAUCUACUAUGUCCAAAGUAUCCACAAAGGAGUUGAACCUGUAGAGGAUCAGUUAAUAUUCCGCUGCUCUGAUGGUAUCAACUUUUCUGAACGCCACUCCCUCAACAUCAUCGUCAUCCCAGCCAAUGAUGAGAAACCAGAGAUUUUUACCCGGGAGUUUGUGGUAAUGGAAGGCAUGAAUAUUGUUAUUGACACGCAGCUACUGAGCGCUGCUGAUGCUGACCUCCCUAAGGAUGAGCUGUUCUUUGAGAUCAUCAAAAACCCCAAGCAUGGUGCAAUCAUCCAACAGCUAAGCACUGGCACCAUCCCUGUAGAAAAGUUUAACUUGGAACAGAUAAAAGAAGAAGCCAAUAUUGUCUAUGAACACGAUGACUCAGAGACUAAAGAAGACAGCUUUGAGGUCAGGCUUUCUGAUGGAAAACACACUGUGGAUAAAACUGUUCUCAUCAUCGUCAUUCCUGUUGAUGAUGAGACUCCGAGAAUGGCCAUAAACGAUGGUCUUGAUGUAGAGAUUGGGGAGACUAAGAUCAUCAGUAACAAGGCUUUAAAAGCGACAGACCUUGACUCUGAAGAUAAAGAGUUAACAUAUGUUGUGCGAUACGGACCUGGGCAGGGCUACCUUCAGCGUAUCAGCAAAUUCGGUGUUGUUUUAGGAAAUAUUACUCUGGGGAUGAAUUUCACACAGGAUGAAGUAGAUAAGCAGCUCAUUCAGUAUGUACACACAGGCCAAGAGGGAAUACGUGACCUGCUGAAAUUUGACGUCACAGAUGGUAUCAAUCCCCUCAUCGACCGCUACUUUUACAUCAACAUUGGAAGCAUUGACAUGGUGUUCCCAGAUGUUAUCAACAAAGGUGUGACUCUCAAAGAAGGCGGAAAAGUAACGCUCACCACUGACCUCCUGAGCACAUCUGACAUCAACAGUCCUGAUGAGUAUCUCAGCUUUAGCAUUACAAGAGCUCCCAGCCGGGGGCAUUUAGAGUGCACUGACCUCCCAGGUGUUCCUAUUUCUACCUUUACACAACUGCAGCUGGCCGGCAAUAAGAUCUACUACAUACACACCUCAGAAGAUGAGGUGAAGAUGGACAGCUUUGAGUUUGAGGUAACUGAUGGCUACAACCCUGUCUUCCGAACCUUCAGAGUGUCCAUCACUGAUGUGGAUAACAAGAAACCUGUGGUCACUGUACACAAGCUGGUUGUUGAAGAGGGAGAAGUAAAGCUCAUUACACCCUUUGAGCUAUCAGCUGAUGAUCGAGACACGCCAGACAACCUCCUGCGCUUCACCGUCACACAGCUACCUGUGCACGGCCAGCUGCUGUUCAACAACACCCGGCCAAUCACAACCUUCACCAAACAGGAUCUGAAUGAGAAUCUCAUUAGCUACAAACACGAUGGCACAGAGACCAACGAAGACAGCUUUUCUUUCAUUGUCACAGAUGGCACUCACACUGACUUCUACAUCUUUCCUGACACUGUGUAUGAAACUCGCAAACCUCAAACAAUGACCAUCCUCAUAAACACAGUGGACAAUGGUAUGCCCCAGAUUGUGGUCAACAAAGCUGCGGCUUCAUUAAAAGUCCUCCAAACAGGACACCUGGGCUUUGUUUUCACCAGCAAAGUCCUUAGAUCAGAGGACAGAGACAGUCCCCAGAGGGUCCUGAAGUACACCGUGUCUGAGCCGCCGCUGCAUGGCUUCAUUAUGAACAUGGAGCUGGGAAACCAUAGCAUCCAGACCUUCACUCAAGCUGAGAUCAACGACUUGAAGAUCUGUUAUGUGCUGUUGGACGGGAGCAACGCCACAAGUGACAUCUUCUAUUUCACCGUCGAGGACAACGGUGGAAACAAACUCAAAGCGCAGCCGUUUCGUCUUAACUGGGCCUGGAUCUCACUGGAGCGGGAAUACUACCUGGUGGAUGAAGAUGCCAAAUUCCUGGAGGUGACGCUGAAACGUAGAGGCUAUCUGGGAGAAACCUCUUUCAUCAGCAUCGGAACAAAGGACGGAUCUGCUGAGAAGGACAAGGACUUCCGUGGCAAAGCCCAGAAGCAGGUCCAGUUUAACCCGGGCCAGACGACAGCAACCUGGAAGGUGAAGAUCUUCACUGACCAGGAGUUUGAGACCUCAGAGACUUUUGAGAUUCAGCUGUCAGACCCCGUCAUGGCGGUUCUGGAGUACCCCGAUACAGCAACAGUGGAGAUAGUAGAUCCUGGAGAUGAAUCAAAGGUGUUCAUUCCACAAGCAGAGUUCAGGAUAGAGGAGGAUGUUGGGGAGCUAUUGGUACCAGUCAGGCGCUCAGGAGAUGCCAGCCAGGAACUUAUGGUGGUUUGUUUCACUCAACAAGGUACUGCUACCGGAACCAUACCCACCACCGUCCUCUCCUACUCUGACUACAUCACCCGCCCCGAGGACCACACCAGCGUGCUACGCUUCGACAAGGAUGAGAGGGAAAAGAUCUGCCGCAUCAUCAUCAUCGAUGACUCCCUCUACGAGGAAGAGGAGAGCUUCAACGUCAGCCUCAGUAUGCCGAUGGGCGGUCAGCUGGGCGCAAAUUUCCCUUCCGCCAAAGUCACAAUUCUGGCCGACAGCGACGAUGAGCCUGCGGUGUACUUUGGAGAGCCUGAAUAUGUCGUGGAGGAGAGUUCUGGCUAUGUGGAGGUGAAGGUCUGGAGAACAGGUACUGACCUGUCCAAGACCGCCACGGUUACCGUUCGCUCCAAGAAGAGCGAUCCGGUUUCUGCAGAAGCUGGACUCGACUACGUUGGCAUCAGUCGGAACCUGGACUUUGCUCCUGGAGUGACCAUGCAGACAUUCAGGGUAACCAUCUUGGAUGACCUGGGUCAGCCACAACUGGAGGGGCCCGAGACCUUUGACCUGGUGCUGAGGAUGCCCAUGAACGCCGUAUUAGGAGAACCGAGCAGAACGACCAUCACCAUCAAUGACACCGUCACUGACUUGCCAAAGGUUCAGUUUAAGGAGGGCAGCUACAAGGUGGACGAAUCAGAUGGUGAAGUGAGAGCCAUAAUAUACCGCAGCGGCGACAUCAGCCUCAGAUCCACGGUGCGCUGCUACACCCGGCAGGGCUCCGCUCAGGUAAUGAUGGACUACAGCGAGAGGCCGAAUACGGAGGCGUCCAUCAUCACCUUCCUGCCAGGAGAGUCAGAGAAGCCAUGUGUGGUUGGCCUGAUGGACGACUCCAUUCAUGAGGAAGAGGAGGAGUUCCGCCUGGUGCUGGGGAGUCCAAAGAGCAAAUCCCCGUAUGGCGCCUCGAUUGGAGAGCAGAAGGAUGCCCUGGUCACCAUCACAGAUGACAAAGACAAGCCUAUCAUCCGUUUUUCGGAGAUCAAAUACAGCGUGCGUGAACCUCAGGUCAAAGGUGAGGUGGCCAGAGUGAAGAUUCCCAUCCUGCGUUUUGGAGACACAUCAAAGCUCUCGGUGGUGAGAGUGCACACGAAGGAUGGCUCUGCAACCUCUGGAGAAGAUUAUAACCCGCUGUCAGAGGAUGUGGAGUUCAAGGAAGGAGAGAAGGAACAUUUUGUUGAAAUCGAGAUCCUGUAUGAUGGUCAGAGAGAGAUGAGAGAGGCCUUCACAGUUCACAUGAAGCCUGAUGACCACAUGGUGGCUGAAAUACAGAUGAACAAGGCCAUGGUCUACAUUGAGGAGAUGGACAGUGUUGCAGAUGUCACCUUCCCCGCAGUGCCUCAAGUGGUGUCUCUCCUCAUGUAUGAUGACACAACCAGAACCGGAGACAGACCCAACCCACCAAACGGCUACCCUGUAGUGUGUGUGACGGCCUGCAACCCAAAGUACCACGACUUUGAUAAAACAGGCUCCCUCUGCUCUGCAGAGAACAUCAACGACACUCUGACCCAGUACCGCUGGCUGAUCAGCGCUCCCACCGGACCCGACGGAGUGACCAGCCCCAUGAGGGAGGUGGACACCAACACCUUCUUCACCAACACCAAAUCCAUCACCUUGGACUCCAUCUACUUCCAGGCCGGGUCCAGAGUUCAGUGUGCAGCCAGAGCCUUCAACACGGAUGGCCACGCUGGGCUGGAGCUGUCCAGUCCCAUCGUCAUCAUCAGUACUGAGGAGGGAAUGUGUCAGCCCAGGGUCCCGGGAACUGUUGGAGCAGAACCUUUCUCAGCCAAGAUCCGCUACACCGGUCCAGAUGAUCCAGACUUCCCAAACCUCAUCAAGCUGACCAUCAGCAUGCCUCACAUGGAUGGAAUGCUCCCAGUGAUCUCCACCAGACCUCUGUCUAACUUUGAGCUCACCCUGAGCCCGGACGGCACACGUGUGGGGAACCACCGCUGCUCCAACCUGCUGGACUUCAACGAGAUCCAAACCGCCUACGGUUUCAUCACUGAUGCGACAAAGAACCCUGAGAUCAUCGGGGAGACGUCGCCAUACCAGUACAGCGCCGCCAUGCGUUCAGCAAACUCUCUACGCUUCUAUAGGAACCUGAACCUGGAGGCCUGCCUGUGGGAGUUCACCAGCUACUACGACAUGUCCGAGCUGCUUAACGACUGCGGUGGCUCCAUCGGCACCGACGGACAGGUGAGCCCCACUUACCCAACCCAGACCCAGGCUUUAUGACAUCAGCGGUGACUU